AUGGACCCAAGCGUCGUCAAUUCUCUAUCUUCACCCAUCACCUCUCUGCCCCCAGAGCUACUCACCUACAUCUUCGAGUUGUCCAUCACCACAAGUCCGGAAAGUGGCACAACAACGGUCGAUACCAGCGCCAGCAUUUACGCCGCUCGUAUCUCCACCCUCUUCCACCUUCUGCGCGUGUCCAGGUCAUGGCGUCUCGUCGUACUCCCGAUGUUGUACAAGAACAUCGUUAUCCCCCUACAAGACCCUUUCCAGGCGAGUGGGAUGAUGACAGCGUUGCGGGAGGGUGGAAAAGGGGAGAUGGUCCACCAACUGGAGGUGGACGACGUGCCAGAAUGGAAACGCCACCCUCCACCAGAAGACGAAGGCUUACCAUUCGACCUACCUCCGGGCACAUCAUUCGACCAGCCCAUUCUCCCCACAUCAGAUAGCACGGAUCCCUUGGCAGACGAAUCGCCGUUCUCCCCUCUCCGACUCUCGUUGCUCGCUAUAACUCUCUGUCCACACAUCCGCACCCUCGUCCUCACCCUCCGGCUCUACCCAUCCCCGCGCGCCUUCUCCGCACUGUGCACUUCCCUCCUCUCGUUACAAGACCUCCAGAAUUUCGAAAUUAGAAGCAAAGAGCAGAACCCCUUUAGGGGACACGCGCAGGGAGCGGUGUUGUUCACACCGGACAAGCUGCUGCAGAUGGUGUUGCCGCUCAAGGGGCUCCGGAGGCUUAACGUCAGCCCAGUAUCACACGGGACAAACACAUCUACCUAUCACUAUGACAAUGCAACUUCUGAAGAGGAGAAGUCUUCGAAUCAGACACACGACCUCCUGAGGCAGCUCACCGCCACCGGCACACUCUACACCGUCGACAUCCUUUGCCUGUUACGACCCUUUCCUAGCCUGCGCCUCCUUCACCUGCAUUUGGCAAGAGAGAGUUGUAUCACACACGAGUGCCUGGCGCGUGUACUGUGGCGUCUGAGGGCAACAAUAGAGGAUGUGGAAGUGACGUGCACGCCAGACAAUCUGCGGUUUACCGAGAAGCGGGUAGCUGUAGGAUUCGGUGGGGAGACCUGGAGUAGAUCGACUACACUAGGCAAAGAUGGCGAGGACGUAGAAGGGCUAUGGAAGUAUGACGAUUUCCCGGUAGAACGUGUCCUUCCGCAUCUGAUCGCUCUUCACACCCUCGCGCUCAACAUCUACAACCCCCGUGCAGCAUGGUCCACGUCUCUCUCCACGACCAAUACUCCUGGCUCUGUUGCUGUCGUAGCGGGAGGACUGUUCUCUCGAGAGGUGUUUGGUGCCCUGCCAAUGGGGCUAAGGGUGCUUCGCGCAGAUAUUGGAGAUGUGUCCCCGACAGCGGUGGCUCGUUUUCUGCGAAAGGUUCGUCCACCGGUUCUGGAGGAGGAUUCAGCCGCUUCAGUGAAAGUACCACUGUUGCCUGGAUCGUACUCCAGCCCGACGUUGUGCUCCACGCGGAGGUUGGGGGACACGAAGGAGAAGCGCAACUACGGCAUGCUUAAAUUCAACCUCGCCGUUUGGGGCCCCUCUUGGCGAGAACAGGCCGACGGGAUACGUGAAGAUGCUGAGCUGCGCACACUAGUGGUCGAUGAGCUUGGAGGGAAGUAUGAGCUCCAGGAAGGGUGGACCAAAGGAUUCGUCGAGGUUGUUCUACCCGAGGUUAAUGAACAGUAGCGAGAAGUAAGCGGAGGACGGCGUGAGUCGAACGGUGCCCCAGAUGGAGAUCAGCUCCCUCUUAAGCACCCAAGGAGGUUUGAGGAGGCGGAGGAAAGAGAUGAAGAGAGAACAAGUAGAUGAUCAGAUCUGCUACAGAUGGAUGUAGGAU